AUGGCAGAGACGGGUCUGUUAGAGGCUGGAGCCUCUGCAGCCUCCACAGCUGCAGCGCUGGAGAACUUACAGGUGGAGGCCAGCUGCUCCGUGUGCCUCGAGUACCUGAAGGAGCCCGUCAUCAUUGAGUGUGGGCAUAACUUCUGCAAAGCUUGUAUUACUCGCUGGUGGGAGGACCUGGAGAGGGACUUCCCUUGUCCUGUGUGUCGAAAGACGUCCCGCUAUCCCAGUCUCCGACCUAAUCGGCAACUAGGCAGCAUGGUGGAAAUUGCCAAGCAGCUCCAGGCCGUCAAGAGGAAGAUCCGGGACGAGAGCCUCUGCCCCCAGCACCAUGAGGCCCUUAGCCUCUUCUGCUAUGAGGACCAGGAGCCUGUGUGUUUGAUAUGUGCAAUUUCCCACACGCACCGGGUCCACACCGUUGUGCCGCUGGAUGAUGCCACAGAGGAGUACAAGGAAAAGUUGCAGAAGUGCCUGGACCCCCUGGAGCAGAAGCUGCAGGAUAUCACCCGCUGCAAGUCCUCAGAGGAGAAGAAGCCUGGAGAGCUCAAGAGACUGGUGGAGAGCCGCCGACAGCAGAUCUUAAGGGAGUUUGAGGAGCUUCAUAGGCGGCUGAAUGAAGAGCAGCAGAUGUUGCUGUCACGACUGGAGGAGGAGGAACAGGACGUUCUGCAGCGACUCCGAGAAAAUGCUGCUUACCUCGGGGACAAGCGCCGGGACCUGGCCCAUUUGGCUGCUGAGGUGGAGGCCAAGUGCUUACAAUCGGGCUUCGAGAUGCUUAAGGUUCGACCUUUGCCCCUAUGUGAAAAAAUGAAGACCAUGGAGGUGACUUCUGUAUCCAUACAGCUGGAGAAGAACUUCAGCAAUUUCCCUCGACAGUACUUUGCCCUGAGGAAGAUCCUUAAGCAACUAAUUGCGGACGUGACCCUGGACCCUGAGACUGCACAUCCUAACCUAGUUCUGUCAGAAGAUCGUAAGAGUGUCAAGUUUGUGGAGACAAGACUUCGGGAUCUCCCUGACACACCACGGCGCUUCACCUUCUACCCUUGCGUCCUGGCUGCUGAGGGUUUCACCUCCGGUCGACACUACUGGGAGGUGGAGGUGGGCGACAAGACCCACUGGGCAGUGGGUGUGUGCCGGGACUCCGUGAGCCGAAAGGGCGAGCUAACCCCACUCCCUGAGACUGGCUACUGGCGGGUACGGCUGUGGAAUGGGGACAAAUAUGUGGCCACCACCACACCUUUUACCCCUUUGCACAUCAAGGUGAAACCCAAGCGGGUUGGCAUAUUCCUAGACUAUGAGGCUGGUACGCUGUCUUUUUACAACGUCACAGACCGCUCUCAUAUCUACACCUUCACUGACACUUUCACUGAGAAACUUUGGCCCCUCUUCUACCCAGGCAUCCGGGCUGGUCGGAAGAAUGCUGCUCCACUUACAAUUAGGCCCCCAACAGAUUGGGAGUGA